AUGAGUACAAAUGAUAGAAGGAACUUUGUGAUGAAAUCAAGGCUUUGUUUCAACUGUCUUAACUUUGGCCAUCAAGUUUCUUCUUGUUAUUUUCCUACAUGUCCUCGUUGUGGGGAAAGGCAUAAUUCAAAGCUUCAUGAGGAACAAGCAAACACCAGUAAUCAAGAUGCUUCUAUCGCCAAUGAUGUUGAAAGACCUGAACCCCAUGCAACAGCUAUGUACACUGAAAUAUCAGCUCAGGAAGCUGAAAAUCUAAAUGUUAUUUUAGCCACUGCCAUUGUCAAUGUAUGCGACACUUUUGGGCGCAUGCAUUCAUGCCGAGCUGUCCUGGACUCUGGUUCUCAAUUAAAUUUCAUUACAAAUUCUUGUGCUAAAAGACUUAACUUGUCUACUGCUUUGCAUACACUUAACAUUGUUGGAGUCUCUGCUAUGGCAUCAACAGCCAAACAACUCCAAGAUACGAUUAUGACCUCACGUUUUGGUGAUUUCAAGACAACUAUCAAGUUCUACUCUCUGCAGACUAUAGUCAGCGCCUUGCCUUCUCAGGUGCUCAUUCGGGACAACUUGAAAAUGCCUCAUAACAUACACAACCAGUUGGCAGAUCCAAACUUCCAUAGUCCUGGUCCUAUAGAUGUGUUAUUAGGUGCUGAUAUAUUCUUUGAUGUACUUUAUGGUGAAAAGUUUCCAUUAUCAAAUUUAGCUUGCUUGCAUCGUACCAAGUUGGGAUGGAUAUGGCUCAAAAAGGAAAGGUCCUGUUGGCCUGACACACCAAUUUUGCCAUCGGAGAUACCUGAGAUACGCAAAGUCAAAUUAAUCUUAGCAACAACGAAUAAAGAACCUUUCUGGCUGUUGAAGAAGUAUUCUACGUGGUCCAAAUUGUUAAGAACAACAGCUUUAGUUCAACGUUUUGUUUCUAAUUGCAAAGCCAAACAGUUAAACCAUGAGCGUAGCAAUGGUUUCAUUUCUGUGGAUGAAAUGAAUAAAGCCAGAAGUUUUUGGUUAAUGCAAGCUCAGUCUGAGUCAAUGUCAAACGAAAUAGCAGAUUUGCGUUCUGGUAAGAUGGUCCAUCGUGGAAGUUGUUUAAAAGCCUUAAACCCAUUCAUUGACGAUCAGGGGUUGGUCAGAGUAGGAGGACGGCUUGCUUAUGCUCCUGGCCAAUACAAUACAAGGCAUCCUAUUGUUCUACCGUCAAAAUCAUUGAUUACCAAGCUAAUUUUUAAUUAUGAGCAUAUUCGGCUCAUGCAUGCAGGACCACAGGCAUUGCUUGCCCACGUAACAUUAAACUAUUGGCCAAUCCGGGGAAGACAGAUUGCAACACAAAUCGUCCAAAAAUGUGUAACCUGUUUCCGAGCGCGCCCUCAAUUUACUCCACCAUUAAUGGCGCCUCUGCCCAGCGUACGCGUUACUAUUGCUCGACCAUUUGCCAAUAGUGGAGUAGAUCUGUGUGGCCCAAUAUUCGUUCGCAGUGGGCUGAGAAAGAUAUCACCGACAAAAAGUUAUAUUUGUGUGUUUAUCUGCAUGGUUACUCGUGCCAUCCAUUUAGAAUUAGUGUCAUCACUGUCUACUGAAGAUUUUUUGGCUGCACUAUCUCGUUUUAUGUCACGGAGAGGUCAAUGUAUGGACCUUCACAGCGACAACGGCACAAACUUUGUAGGUGCAGACCGUACACUCAAAACAUAUUUCAAGGCAACUGUAAACAGCAAUAAAGUACAUGAUUUUCUUACUAUGGGAGAAACUACGUGGCAUUUUAUAACACCUGCUUCCCCACACUUUAGAGGGUUGUGGGAGAGUGCAGUCAAGUCAGCUAAAAAGCAUCUUCUUCGAGUGUCGAAGGGAGUGUUGCUAACAUUUGAUGAAACCAGAACUUUACUAUGUCAAAUUGAAGCUGCAUUAAACUCUCGGCCUCUAUCUCCACUUUCAUUAGAUCCAAACGACUUCAAUGCACUGACUCCAGGGCACUUCUUAAUUGGUGGUCCGCUCAUGCUACCACCUGAGCCCGAUGUAUCAUCCAUACCGCAGAACCGCUUAAAACGAUAUUCGCUUAUGAGGCAGCAAAUGCAGCUCUUCCGGAAGCGGUGGUCACAAGAAUAUUUGCCUCAACUCCACCGAAGAGGUAAAUGGACCAAGCCGAAUCGAAAUUUUUGUGUUGGUGAUCUUGCAGUAUUGCGUGACGACAACAUGCCACCCCUUAAAUGGCCAUUAGUCCGCGUAGCAGCAGUUCAUCCUGGGGCUGAUGGUGUUGUUAGGGCGGUGACCGUCCGAAAUUCCACUGGGUCUGAAUUUAGACGUCCAGCAAUCAAGUUAUCCCUACUACCCAUCGAAAAGGAUCACGAUGAUGAAGAUUAG